GGCAUGGCAUCAGUGAGGUGAUCAAACUGAAGACGACCUGCCACUGACAACACAACAAAAUUGACUGACUAACAACAACCAAAGACUCCAACAUGAGGAUUCACUGCAUCUUCAUCGCCUGUCUCGCUCUCUUCGCCCUCUGCACACUGGCACUCGACCCAAAUCCACAAGAUCCUGGUAAAUGCUGCUUUUUUUAUUCCAAUAUGAGAAUCCCAGUAAAGCAGGUUGACAGUUACCAAACAACUUUUUCUGGAUGCACAAAAGAAGGAAUUAUUUUCUUCAUGAAAUCUGGAAUUGAGAUCUGUGUUAACCCAAACGACAGAUGGGUUCAGAGACUGAAGAAACUGGUGGAUGCUCGCGCCCUGAAAGACAUAGAGGUCAGCUCUGGGGACAGCAAUUAAGAUUUAACUGAAGUUUUAAAUCAUUUUCAGUUCAUUUAAAGAAACAAAACCAGCACAUUUUGGAAUGUACCUCCACAAUGCUAUUCAUUUAAUGUUGAAAAGAUUGUAAUUAUACAUUUAUAGCCAAUGCAAUUUUUUUGUAUUUGAACUUAACAUAACUAUCCACAAAUAAACAUUACAAAAGACAAAU